AUGGCGGAUGUACCUGUGAGCAACGAUGGAGAUCAAUGUACUCCGGCUAAAAAAAUUAAAGUAGACGCCGAGAAUGGAUCCGAAAAUGUUAACAACAUACACGAUGCUAACAUCUGUUUAUCCAACUUCGAGAUAAAAAAGAUACUGCAAAACAAUUGCUCGAGAAAGCAAGUAUGCGUUCACGGUGCCUUUAAGGGACACGAAGGUUCAAGCAUUGUUUUGUUGGAGAAACAGGAAUUCUCAGACAAUCCACAGUCAUUACAAACAGAACUGUUCACUAAAGACACGAGCAUACAAAAACUUUAUAGCAAUGAUAUUUAUGGGAAUUACGAAUGUUUCCCGCUCAAAGAAUACAAUGGUUUAAAAGUGAUGGUAAUACACCCUGCAACUCAGAAACAUAUCGACAAAUUUAAGAGGAAGGAACUGUAUAUUGUAGAUGAAACGUAUGAGCUUUAUAAAAAUGUUACUCUUCCAUAUAUAGAAUCAAGCAGUUUUUCCUUACAGUGGGUAUAUAAUAUUUUGGAACAGAAGGCAGAGCAAGAUAAGAUUGUAUAUGAGGAUAGAGAUGAGAAGGUUGGAUUUGUAAUGGUCAAUGAUUUGAAAUGGAAUGGGAAUGUAAAUACUUUAAAGUUGAUAGCACUUCCUUUUCAAAAGAUUCUAUCAAUAAGAGAGUUGAAUGCUUCUCAUCUUCCAUUGUUAAGAAACAUUAGGGAUGCUGGAAUAGAGGCAAUCUCUAAAAAAUUUAAUCUACCUGCCUCUCAACUUAGGAUAUAUUUUCACUACCAACCAUCGUAUUAUUAUCUUCAUGUACAUUUCGCAUACCUCAUGUUUGAAACCCCAGGCAUAUAUGUGGAAAAAGCACAUCUCUUGUCUAUGGUUAUAAGAAAUCUCGAGUUAAUGCCUGACUACUAUACGAAAGCGGUGCUUUCAUACGUAGUUGCUGCGGGGGAUCCUUUAUACACUAAAUUUCUGGAGGAAGGUGUUUUGAGUGAGGUAAAAUCAGAGUCAAACGAAGCUGAAAAGUAGUACAUCUAGGAAGGACUACAUAUUUUGGAUAAUAUAUUUUGUAUGUGUUAAUAUACGAGAAGAAAUAC